ACACUGCAGAUGGGGAUAAAGCAUUUCUCAGGGCUCUUUGUGAUGUUGUGCGUUGGCUUUGGUUUGUCCAUUCUCACCACCAUUGGGGAACACAUCGUGUACAGACUGGUCCUGCCACGAAUCAAGAAGAAAUCCAAGAUGAAGUACUGGCUCCAUACCAGUCAGAGAUUACAUCGUGCUCUGAACAGUUCAUUUAUUGAGGAAAAACAUCAGCCUAAGAAAAAACGAGUAGAAAAGAGGGCCCAUGUGGGGAACAGCCAGCAUGCAGUGUGGAACACAGCCAAUCUGGGCAACUGCCACCGAAAGAAAUACAUCUGCACUGAUGAGGGGCAAAAUGAGGUGACAAUCCAUCAGCACCAGGACAUCCCCCUGCCACAGGGGAGGAGAGAGCCUCCGCCUUCCUUAACCACCAAUGGGAAAGCAGAAUCCCUCAACACUGCGAGGACCUCAGUGCUGCAAGAGCUGACAGAGCUGGACAAGCAGAUCGAAAUCAUCAAGCAGGAGCUGCAACUUGCCAUGGAUAGGAAAUCAGAGCUGGAAGAGUAUGCACGGACAAACAGAACUGCAGAGUCCUAGGCCAGAAUAUCUGUGCCCUUCCCCUUUUCUUCCUUUCCCCCUUUCCUCUGUAAAAUUUGUAACACACUUUUGUAAUGCCAGAAAGGGGUGCAAAAAUAAACCAGGCAAUAAGCUCUUCAGGAGAGCAGAAUUGCAGCAGCCCACAGCCACUGCCACCCUCCUGAAUUCCCCUCCUUUCACAGCAAGUUUCUUAUUCUCCUGGAAAACACCAGCCAUUCCCAAGGGACUGGAGAGACAAGGAGCAUCCCAAUGGGAGUUCCUUGUUUCUCCACUUGACCGUACAGUGAGGUUUCACUUUUUUAGCCCUUUCUGUGCAUUAAUUAAAAAAAAGAA